UUCCAUUUGCAGUCCGGCGCGCGCCCGCACGAGGUCCGCUCAGCCCACCGCUCCGCUCACUUCAAACCAAACCGGAGUAAAGCGCGGCGAACAGAACCGAGCCGAAGACGAACGCCUCCGUGUCUGUCGCCGCGGGAAAGUGGACCUUCCGUAGCGGCAUCUUCGCUCCAGAGCCCCCCGCAGGGAUCGCGGUGUGCCGCUCCGCUUCGUUUAAAACUUCUCCCUCCGGUUCCCUCCGUGCCUCUCUGUCCAACUCAAAAUGGAGAACGAGGGUAGUAAGUACCUCCCGCAGCUGCUGGCGGAGAGAGACAGUCUGGACUCGUCCUUCAUCCACGCCAUGAAGCUCAUAUCCGCAGAAAUUGACAGGGUUCAGAAAGAGGAGGCACCAGAGAAAGACACCGAAACGUACUUGGAUCUCUUCACAGCGAAGAAUAUCAAACUGAAGGAAAGAGUUCUUAUUCCAGUCAAGCAGUACCCGAAGUUUAACUUUGUUGGGAAGAUUCUUGGGCCUCAGGGGAACACAAUCAAGAGACUGCAGGAGGAGACAGGAGCGAAGAUCUCUGUGCUGGGGAAGGGCUCCAUGAGAGACAAAGCCAAGGAGGAAGGCCUGAGGAGAAGUGGGGAGCCAAAGUAUGCCCAUCUGUCCAUGGAGCUCCACGUGUUCAUUGAGGUGUUUGCACCUGCUCCUGAAGCAUACCUGCGCAUGGCCCAUGCAAUGGAGGAGAUUAAGAAGUUCCUGUUCCCUGACAUGAUGGAUGAAAUUUGCCAGGAGCAGUUCAUGGAAAUGGGUUAUCUGAAUGGCAAUCAGGAUCAUGGCGUUAGGGGCCGAGGAGGUCCACUUGCCAGGGGCCGCGGGGCACCUCCUGCUGCACCUAGGGGUCGUGGCAUGCCACCAAUGCGUGGUGGAGUUCCUCGUGGUGGUCCUGGAAGAGGUGGAGGGGUGAGAGGAGCUCCAGCAGGACGAGGUGGACCACCAACCCAGCCAGCCAGAGGUGCUGCAGCCGGCCGCGCCCGUGCCCCGGCUCCAGGACCCCAGAGAAUGCCUCCUCCACCCCCACGACCUCCUGCUCAAGAGAGCUACGAAGAAUAUUCCUAUGACGAAAGCUACGCUGAGCCGGCCUACGAGUCCUACGACAGCUAUUACAGUCAACCACAGACAGAACCAGAGUACUAUGACUAUGGACAUGGAGAGACACAGGAAGGAUAUGAAAAUUAUGCUCAGGAUGACUGGAAUGGAACACAGCGUGCUCCUACUGGUGGGAAGGUCUCUGCUCAAAGACAAACUAAAGGGGCAUACAGAGAACACCCCUAUGGACGAUACUGAACUUCACAAGCAGGACGUCAUCCAUAAUGUGUCACCAUGACGACUGUCUCCCAUGGCAGCUCACGCUUUAAGCAACCCGACAAAAGUAAUUGUUCGUCUUUCGGUUUUGUUUUUCUACUCUGGACAUUUUUAAAGGAAACCCGACAAAUCGGCAACUGAAUGCUUCAAGAAUUGAAAGUUGAAGAAGUUUUUGAGGGUUUAGAUAUUUUAAAAAGAGCUGAAUUUUUUGUUUUUGUCUUUUUUUUUUUUUUUUUUUUUUGGUUUGCUAUUUUCAUCUGCCCUGCUCUUUUCUCCCUUUGCUUUUUUGCAUUGUUUAUAGUUUUUUUUUUUCCCCCCUUCCUUCCUUUACCCUCUCCUCCCAGUGGUUGGGUAAAAUAUUUAAUUUGAAAGUUAAAGCCUAACAACUGUGUAGCCACCUGUUGAGUGUCUCAGGACACAACUUUAAUUUGUGUUGCUUUUAAAAGAAUCUAUAGAGAUGCAGUUGCAGAUUCCCAUUUAGGCUACAUUUCAAAAUUCUGCUCAAUAUUAGGAAAUCAAAAAAGCCAUUUAAAUCAAAUCAUUUCUUUUAUGUAAUGUAAGAAACGUUAAUUAAGGAAAGGAAAAAUCUCUUUAAUGACAUUGCCAACAACCAUUGAUUAUUCCUUAUUUGUGUUAAAUAGUCUUAAAAGAUGUAAAUUUAGAUUUAGGUUUCAAUAUUUUUCAUUGUAUUUUAGAGUUUUGAAAUAUAGCCCUAAUAGACACUGUUGAGAUGGACUGUCCUCAAAUCCUUAAUUUGUUAAAAUAAGUUAUGGCUCUUCAAAACUGUUCUGUAAAAUGGCCUGUUUUUGGCUACUUAUGGUUUAAAAAAAGAUAAGAUAAAAUAAGUCAAAUUUUUCAUGGAGGAUACCAUGUUAUAUAAACUGCAUGCACAAACUGCUUAAGAAGGAUUGGGACAACAAUCUCUACAAGGGUCAUAUCAUCCUAAUGUAAAGGGAUACUGCAGCUAAAUCCGAAUCUAUUGUACAUAGUUUAAAAAAACUACGUUCAAACUGUACUUACUGCCAUUUAGUCUCUGUACCCUCUCCAUAAAAUGCAGAAUGCUCCAUGUGUAAGCUUGCCUAAAUAGGUAACUAAAUCUGUCCAAAAAUGUUUUGCAGCAGUUGUCAAUAAAGCCUAGUUUGUUUUUUAUGAAACCUUAA